UCUAACUUGUCCAUUUCUUGUUACAGAUGUAGAAACCUAUCCGAGUACAUGAAGAUUGCUGAAAAAGUCAAGGAGUUCUUCCACAACGAGGGGAUCCACUCGACCACAAUACAGCCGGAAUUUGUGGAACUGCCCCUUGGAGGGAAUGAGAUAACCAGCGGAGCGUCAGCGGAGGCGCCCUGCGCGCUACACUGCCCUCCCAACGACCUCUGCCACAACGCGACGUGCUGCGGGCCCAACCAGCAAGAGCACAGUACACCUUCACCGACAGUCACGCCGUAUCUAUGCAGACAACGAAACAUGGGCUCCAGAACCGAGUCGAAUAACUCUAUGACAGCCAACGGACAACAAACCAGGUCGGCUACUUGGAACCUUGAAGCUUUAGAAUGCGGUUCCCUGCUCCCAUCGCCCAUGGUGGAAGGUGAGCUCGCGGUCUGACAGGCUGGCGUGCCCUCACGGCCCCAGUCGCACGUUAUAUGUGUGGCGUGAUAGCGAAUUGACGAGUAUUCUGUUCGCAUUGAGUGAUUUCUUAUUAUAAGCACAAUAGACAGGUCUCACUCUUUAGAGAAUUAACGACUCUCCCAGGUCGAGAUAAGGUGCAGUUUGUUUACGAAAUAACUGUUCAAAUAAACUAGAAUAACGUACACGUGCAGGCGAAAGUGGGCUGUAUUGUCACCUACUUUAGUGUUGAUCUAAAGACAAAAGAUUAUGUUCUAAUAUUUGACACUUGCGACUGGGAGAGGACAAAAUAGGUUAAAUUCAGAAGUGAGACCUGCCGUAUACCUGAAAUAUGUAAAAAAACAAAUGAAGUACUGACGCAAAUAAACUAUUGAUUGAUUGAAUCGAUUUAUGAAGUAGUUUGACCUGACAUGUUAUCGCUGUGACCGCAUGACGCAACUACCUCAAAAUUCGAUUCAAUUUCACUUUAUUUAAUGUUCUUUACGUAGGUAGUCUGUCAUUUGCAUAAAGAAAUAAUGAAGCAUUUUGUUUACAUGGUAUUAUGUAAAUGACAGAUUGUUAUAUAUAGCGUAGAAAACGCGUUCAGUGGCCCCAUUUUCAUUUGCUUUUGACUUCUAGAAGGUAGAUCUAGAAAAUCGUUAACCCUAAUUUAAAAAAAUAAUAAAACGUUAAUUUAUUUCUAAUUUAAUUCUGAAAUCACUCCAAUUUAUGAAUGUAGAUUUGCUUGGAAAGCUGGAAAGUGAUCGUGCGAUUACAUUAACACCAAAAGUAUUCGUAAUUUAAUUGAAAUUGUACGAGCUAAUAAAUGUAAUGUAUUUGUAUUUUCCAAUAGCCUCUUUACAAAAAGUUUCGCUAUUGUUAAUACUUGAUUCCGUUCCUUUUGUAUUAAAAGCCUUGUAGAGACGUGGUAACUCGUGAGUCUCAAAUAGUGUAUGUGGAAUCAAUCACUGCGGUUGUUCUUUGUAAAUUAGAAACCUCUGAAAAAUUCGAAUGUUUUCAUCCCUCUCACGCAUAGCGAGUUGCUUGCAUGUGCGAUAGUGACAGACAUACCCGAAACUAUGUAAACGGCUAAGCCCUAUUGAACUACUUCAACAACCAUAAUUUAACAAUA